CCCGAAACCCCUACAAAAUCAUGCAAAUCAAGAGGUUCAAAUCUGCGUGUUCACUUUAAGAACACACGUGAAACUGCCCAGGCCAUCAAGGGUAUGCAUAUCCAAAAAGCCACCAAGUAUCUGAAGGAUGUCACCUUGCAGAAGCAGUGUAUGCCAUUCUGUUGCUACCAUGGUGGAGUUGGUAGGUGUGCCCAGGCCAAACAGUGGGGCUGGACACAGGGCUGGUGGCCCAAGAAGAGUGUUGAAUUUUUACUGUACAUGCUUAAAAAUGCAGAGAGUAAUACUCAACUUAAGGGUUUAGAUGUAGACUCUCUGGUCAUUGAGCACAUCUGGGUGAACAAAGUCCCCAAGAUGCAGCACAGAAUUUACAGGGCUCAUGGCUGGAUUAACCCAUACAUGAGCUCUCCUUGCCACACCAAGAUGAUCCUUACUGAAAAAGAGCUGGUUGUUCCUAAACCACAAAAGGAGGUUGCACAGAAGAAAAAGAUAUCUCAGAAGAAACGGAGGAAACAAAAACUUACGGGCUGGGAGUAA